AUGAACCGCUCUUCCAAUUCUCCUCAUCAGCUUCCUUUCGCAGAGCAUAUGCAAUCAGCCUCAUCCCAGCAUCCUGCUGCUGCCUACGCUUACCCCACUUACCAACAGGGUGCACCCCCUAUGUUUCACGCUCCGCAGCAUCCUUCCGUUUUGACUCAGCUUCCUCCCCUCUCAGCCACCGUCCUUGCUCCAUCUCUUGCUUCUUUGCCUCCUAUCUCUUCCGCACCAACUUAUCAACAUGUUGCGUCUCAUGCGUCUUCUCCCUAUCUUCAACAUCCGAUGCAUUCCUCAUCCAAUGCUGCCGCGUAUAGUAACAAUCCUUUUCCUGCUCCUAAUAAUGCUCCUCCUUCUGCCCAUGAUCCCUCUGGGUAUGCCGUCCCUUCCCCUAUUCCACCUUCCAACCCAGUCUCUCUUGCUUCACCAUCUCCCAAUGAUACGCUCCCGGCUUCUCCUUCACUUUCUAGAAAUCCUACUGUCAACGGCUCCAUCCCCAAUCCCAGCAACCCUUCCAAUGGGAACGGUAAAGCCAAUACUUCGUCUCCUACUGGUGUAAGCAAUGCUAGCCUUGUAAAGCGUCAAGCUCGCAAACGUACGAAAACCGGUUGCCUUACUUGUCGCAAACGAAGGAUAAAAUGCGAUGAGCGCAAGCCAAGACAAUGCGAGGGUUACACUCAUUUCCCUCGCCCCACCGGUACACUCACUGCUGCUCGCAGAAUUCCCGUCUCCAGCUUGCUCUCUGAGCCUGCUCCACAUGGAAUGGCAGGACAACCCACACAUCCAACCUUCCUUUAUUACAUACAGUCUGUGGCUCCUUCUCUUUGUCUCUGGGAUUCUUGCUAUUUCCCUCCCCUCAGUCCCUAUUCUUCGUUCUCCAGCAUCUAUUGGUCUUCCACUAUCCCCGAGCUCGCUUUGCGGAAUCCGAACAUUAGCGUCGCUCUCUAUGCUUUUGCUAGUGCCAAGCGUCACUUGACGGACGAUGCUAUCGCCUUUGCUCGCCAAGCUCGCGUCACCCUCACCAACAUAACCACUACAGAGAGCCUUCUUAUUUUAGUGCUUUUAGCGGUUACCCAACUUUACAUUCCAAAGUGCGAUAUUCAACUAUUUAACUUCGCAGUCGACCAGGUCGUUAAGUUUGACGCUUCUUUAAUGACUAGUCCAAGUGAUGAAAUUAUCACCUACUUGCUUCGUCGUAUGUUUAUCCGACAAGUUGUCCUUGCUGGUAUUGUUAAGCCCCUUCACCCCGAAAUGAACUGCCUCACGCUCCUUAAGGCUGAGUUACCUCUUGCAACAACACCUACCGCUGUCCUCGAUGAGUCUUUGUUUAAUCUUGGCCUUCGUUCUCUUUGUCAUGAGCCUGGUUUAGAUUCCGAGUUUGCUAAUUGGUAUAAUAACUUUCCUGUGGAUAAGAAUGAUCUUCCUCGUCUUGCCUUGCUGAUGAUCCAUGCUGUCUUUGUUUCUCCGGCUUCUUUGGCCCAAUGGGUCGAACUCAUUCUUCUGCAUCCUGAUCCGACUCCCGCCAUUCACAUAGCGAGAGCUUGUCUGCUUGCCGUUCGAACUGUUAUUAAUUUGAGCGAACUGCAAGUGAAGGUUGAUAAAUGCGUCAAGUCUUGUGAAGAAAAGCAACUUCAGGCAAGCAUUUCUAACUUUUCCCAGGAUGUCAUUCAAUCAAACUCCUCAACUUUGACGAUUGGUGUUUAA